AUGGAAAUCGUUCUUCUAGUAUUACCUACACAAAGGAAUGAAGGUUCCCCUGAAGACGCUCUCCUGAAGUUCUAUCAACGUAUGGCCAGCUUAGGACAUUCUGAGGGAUUUGACCCCGAGGCCUGUGCACCGAAUGAAGAAGAGACGGGACUGUGCCGCUUAACUGUUGCAGCUUUCUGUGGGGAGAGGACCAACCUGUCUGCUACAGAGGGAAGACUUGUGGUUCUUCGUCCAGUAGUGGCCGAAACAGAAGAGCUAUCGAUAAUCUAUUGGAUCAGAGAUGACGCCACUGAAAUCGCAGCCAUACGAUAUCUCAAUGAAACUGUUGACAUACAAAAUAACGGAAAUGGUGACAAAUUUGACAUCUCUCCUGAUGGUUCCUUAACUGUAAAGAAUUUCACCGUGGAAGACCAAGGUUUCUACAUUGUGGUCAUCAAGCGACUGAACCAAUCAGAUUGCACACAUAUGUACUAUGUCAACAUUUCUGAAAAAUCACCAUGUGGAGAAGCAAGAGAUGUUUCAGGAAGAGAGGAGGAAGAGAUAACCUUACCGCUUGACACGGGGGGAGUACCAAUAAAACUUAUGUACUGGUUCUCACCCAGAGGGGACCUCCUCGCCAAAACAAAACCAGGUGGAUACAUCCAAGCUCAAAGUAAUUAUGACAGGAGGCUGCAAACUCUUCAGGAUGGUUCCUUAACCAUCAUGAAAUUAUCAAUGAAAGAUCAAGGAAUCUACACGACCAAUGUGCAUAUGUAUGGUGGGAAGAGUUGUCUGCAGAUAUAUAAUGUCACCCUUUCAGGAAAAUUAUACUACCUUUCCCUAGGGGCGAGGGAGGUCAGUGCCACAGAAGGGGAAGACCUGAUUUUUCAAAUUGGUGUGAAAGAAAUCGAAGCGAUUGAUUGGCUCACACGACGAUGGAUUCGAUUUGCUGCAACUAAACAAGGGGGAAAUAUUUGCAUUUUUGACCAGAGUUAUUCUAACCGACUGUCCAGCUUAAAGGACGGCUCUCUAACCAUAAAAUCAGUAGCCAAGAGAGAUGAAGGCAUCUACAGAGCACAAAUGUUUUCACAUAAUGGGAUGAUCUUGGAGCAGCAGUUCCUGGUCAGCAUUCAAGGCCGCAUGGGCCAGUGCCUGGGCAGUGGUCACAUUACCGGCCACUGA